UCUUCAGUGAGAAGCUUUAUGUAGGUCAGGCUUGGCUUAAGCAGAUUUCCUGAACCUGCGUCAGCUUAAGCUGGAGGAAUUUUAAUAAACCCUCCCCUGUAGGCGUGGGCCUAAAUGAGGCUAGCCUAGUUAAGCCUGAUCUUUUUCUGUUUGUGAAAAGAGCUGAGCAGAGCUGAAAGCUGCAUGGUGGUUUCAGAAACUGCCUACUUAAUUUUGAAAAGAACAAUGGUAGGAAAAGCUAGAUCUUCCAAUUUUACCUUAUCUGAAAAGCUUGAUUUGUUAAAGCUUGUGAAGCCAUAUGUUAAAAUUCUGGAAGAACACACUAACAAACAUUCAGUGAUAGUGGAAAAGAAUAGAUGUUGGGAUAUCAUAGCAGUUAACUAUAAUGCAAUUGGAGUAGACCGCCCUCCUCGAACAGCGCAGGGCCUACGCACUCUUUACAAAAGGCUCAAAGAAUAUGCCAAACAGGAGCUAUUGCAGCAAAAAGAGACCCAGUCAGAUUUUAAAAGCAAUAUUUCUGAGCCAACCAAGAAAGUUAUGGAGAUGAUUCCCCAGAUUUCCAGUUUUUGCCUGGUAAGAGACAGAAACCACAUACAAAGUUCAUUCAGCCCCUAAAGAAAUAACAGUGUCUAAGGGACAAGAAGAGAAACCUGAUAGCCUAGUUAAAUAUUUCAGUGUUGUUUGGUGUAAAGCUUCAAAGAAAAAACACAAAAAGUGGGAAGGUGAUGCUGUUCUUAUUGUAAGAGGAAAGUCAUUUACCUUAAAGGAUUUGGAAGGCAAAGACAUUGGAAAAGGCACUGGAUAUAAAUUGAAAGAGCUUGAAAAGAUUGAAGAGGGUCAAACAAUGAUGAUUGGUGGAAAAGAAAUAGAAGUCAUGGGUAUCAUCUCUCCAGAUGAUUUCAACAGUGGAAGAUGUUUUCAGUUUGGAGGAGGAUGUUCUGCUGUCUUAAGUUCUUCUCAAGCUGCCAAGAAGUGUUUCUCUAACCCUUUCAAAAGUGUCUGUAAACUCAGUUCAAAGGAAAAUAAACAGAACAGUUUCCAAAAUUGCAAACCACGCCAUGACCCACAUGCACCAAAUUCCCUUGUUAUGCUCCGACCAGAUAAGAAUCACCAGUGGCUGUUCAAUAAGACCUGUUUUCCUGUUGUGGAUGUAGUGAUAGAUCCUCACCUUGUAUAUUACCUUCGACCACAUCAGAAAGAAGGGAUCAUAUUCCUUUAUGAAUGUGUGAUGGGAAUGAGGGUGAAUGGCAGAUGUGGAGCUAUUCUUGCCGAUGAAAUGGGUUUAGGGAAAACACUGCAAUGUAUUUCGCUUAUCUGGACCCUACAGUGUCAGGGACCCUACGGAGGCAAGCCAAUAAUAAAGAAGACACUUAUUGUCACACCUGGAAGCUUGGUGAAUAAUUGGAGGAAAGAAUUCCUCCAAUGGCUAGGAAUUGAAAGGAUCAAGAUAUUUACUGUUGAUCAGGACCACAAAGUAGAAGAAUUCACCAAAUCUCCAUUUUAUUCUGUUCUUAUCAUCAGUUAUGAAAUGUUACUUCGUUCCCUGGAUCAAAUUAAGACUGUAAAAUUUGAUCUUCUAAUUUGUGAUGAAGGUCAUCGUUUGAAGAACAGUACCAUUAAGACAACUACAGCCCUCAUUAGCCUCUCUUGUGAGAAAAGGAUAAUUUUAACUGGUACUCCAGUUCAGAAUGAUCUCCAAGAAUUUUUUACAUUAAUUGAUUUUGUAAAUCCAGGAAUAUUAGGCUCUUUGUCAGCUUAUAGAAAAAUAUAUGAAGAACCCAUUAUUAUAUCAAGACAACCUUCUGCUUCUGAGGAAGAAAGGAAGUUAGGAGAGCAAAGAGCAGCUGAACUUACUUGCCUCACUGGACUCUUCAUCCUUAGAAGAACCCAAGAAGUCAUAAAUAAAUAUCUCCCUCCUAAAAUAGAGAAUGUAGUCUUUUGCCGACCAGGAGCCCUACAGAUUGAACUUUAUAGAAAACUGUUAAAUUCUCAGGCCGUCAGAUUCUGUCUUCAAGGAUUGUUGGAAAAUACUUCUCAUCUAAUAUGUAUCGGAGCUCUUAAAAAACUGUGCAAUCACCCCUGCCUUUUGUUUGGCUCAAUAAAGGAAAAAGAAAGCAACUCAACUUGGGAUGAGAGUGAAGAAAGAAAUCUCUAUGAAGGCUUGAUGAAUGUGUUCCCUGCUGAUUACAACCCGAUCAUGUUUACUGAGGAAGAGUCUGGAAAACUGCAGGUGCUGUCAAAGCUCUUAGCCGUUAUCCAUGAACUUCGUCCUGCUGAAAAAGUUGUGUUGGUAUCCAACUAUACACGAACCUUGGAUAUUUUACAAGAAGUCUGCAAGCGUCAUGGAUAUGCUUAUACAAGACUUGAUGGACAGACCCCAAUCUCUCAAAGGCAGAAAAUUGUUGAUGGCUUUAAUAGUAAAUACUCUUCUGAUUUUAUUUUUUUGUUAAGUUCAGAAGCUGGUGGUGUGGGGCUUAACCUUAUUGGAGGAUCUCACUUAAUCCUCUAUGACAUUGAUUGGAAUCCAGCUACUGAUAUCCAGGCAAUGUCUAGAGUGUGGAGAGAUGGUCAGAAGCACCCUGUACAUAUUUACAGACUCCUAACCACAGGUACAAUAGAGGAAAAGAUCUAUCAAAGACAGAUCAGUAAACAAGGUCUUUCUGGGGCAGUUGUAGACCUAUCCAAGACAUCUGAUCAUAUUCAGUUUUCAGUGGAAGAACUUAAAAAUUUGUUCACAUUGCAUGAAAGUUCACAUUGCGUUACUCAUGACCUGCUUGACUGUGAAUGUACAGGAGAAAAUCAUACAGGUGAUUCACUGGAAAAAUUCCCUGUGUCUAGAAGUUGUCAGCUUGGUCCACAUCACCAGAAGUCUGACUCCCUGAAACCUCUCUCCAUGUCACAGCUGAAACAGUGGAAACAUUUUCCUGGAGAUCACUUAAAUCUUACAGAUCCUUUUCUUGAAAGAAUAAGAGAAAAUGUAUCAUUCUUUUUUCAAAAUAUAACCAAUCAAACUAUUGCUAUAUAAUGAAAUAUUACUUUAUGACAUUAUUUUGCUUCCCCCUUUAAAAAGUUAAUCUAGUAAGUAAAUGUACCUUUGGAAAACAAAUAGAAUUAUUUUAAUUAUAAUAAUGUAUUUUGUUGCACACUAUAUUAGAGUUUUGAUACGGUAGUCAAAACUGACUUGUUCAAUGUUUUGUAUAUGUUCCUAAAUAUUGAAACAUUAAAGACAUACUUCUGUCAUCCUA